AUGUCGUCGCCGGCGCCGGUGGUGGGGUCACCGUGGCUGACGAUGCGGGCGCUGCGGCGGAGCGGCGGUGGCGCGGACGGGGCCGGCGGCGGCGGUGGGCAGCGGAACGCGGUGAUGGUGGCGUCGUACCCGGUGCUGCUGCUGCUCGUCAUCCUCGCGGCGUUCGUCAAGUACGUGUGGAUCGCGCUGGCGCUCUACAGCGCGCUCCUGCUGCUCUUCUCGUGCGUGUUGCGCCGGAACGCGCUGGCGCAGCGGCUGCCGUCGGCGCUGGCGCUCGGCGGAGGGGGAGGCGUCGCCGCGGUCACCGCGGAGGAGGAGCUCCAGGGCGCCGCGGCGCGCGGCGGGGUGUCCGGGGAGACGCUGGCGUCCAUCCCGUUUUUCACGUACGACGCCGCCGCCGCCGCGCACGGCGGCGGCGAGGCGGCGCAGUGCGCGGUGUGCCUGGAGGCGCUGCGCAGCGGCGAGACGGCCCGGCGGCUGCCGUCGUGCGCGCACACGUUCCACGCGGCGUGCAUCGACAUGUGGCUGGGCUCGCACGCCACGUGCCCCGUCUGCCGGCGCCACGUCGAGCACAAGCACAAGGGCGGCGUGCUGCCGCCCAUGCCGCCGGAGCCGGAGCCGCCGGUGUAG